AUGGCUACGGCUACAUCCAAUCAAAAGCUCGAUUAUCCGAUAAUCGUUCGAAAAUUUAUGCAUCCUAGCUUUUUGGAUGAUAUUAUUAAGAAUGUCAGCGAUAUGUUGGAGAAAAUGAACGCUAUCGACAGAUAUUUAUUCCGUGAAUAUGCUGAUUUUAUAAGAGAUGUGAAGAGGUUUAAAGAAUCAUUAUUGAAAUUUAUUCUUGAAUCAAAAAUUCAAUUGUCUGUUCUGAAAGAUAAUUUUCAAAAAUCAAAGUAUAAACAAGCAGAUCAACGUCGAAAAUUAGAAUUUAUCAAAGAAAGAUUGGACAGAAUACAAAAAGACACAUUAUUUGGUUACUUGACUGCAUGUAAUGGAUUAAUAAAAAGAUCAAUUGAACUGCAUGAGAAAUAUGGAUCAACACUAUUUAAAGUUAAGUAUAUUGUUUUACACUUUUUGGGUUUCACAAUCGCCGGAGCAGUAGCUGGAUUCACUCUCGGUUUGGUUAUACCGUUUUUUGGACAACUUGACGCUUGUGGUGGCCCAGGGAUCGGUGCAUUGAUUGGCUUAGCUUCUGUGACAUACAAGUUUAUUGUUAACUGGAAAGAUCAAGUGAAGAAGAUUGAAGUUAUACAAGAAAAUUUAAAAGAAACACAACGUGCUUUAGAAUAUGUACUGAAAAAUAUGAGAUCAGGCUACAUAAAAUUAGGAGAGGCUAAAGAUGAACUACAGAAUCAAUCUAAGAACGACACAUUUCAAGAAAUCGAUGAUUUAGAAAAUUAUGUACUAGCAACAUUAGAUUCCUUCAAUGUGCUAGAAGAAAUUUUAUCAAAACCUCAAACUCAUGAAUAA